UAAACAGUUUUCUGAAGGUCUUUUUCUGGCAUUUUUUUCCUCCUCUCCACGCGUCCUCCCCACAUGGGAGGAUUAUUACAUAACAGGGAUUUGGUCCGCGCAGGAGCGCAGAGCGCAGCGCACUGAGCGCAAGAUGAAGUCCCGGCGAGCCGGACCUCCUGACGGGGGUUACGGCUGGGUGGUGGUCGCCUCCGCGUUCUGCGUGGCCGGCCUGACCGGAGCCGUCCUGAAGAACUACGGACACUUCUUCCUGGACAUCCAGAACCACUUCGGGGUCCUGACCAGCACCACGUCCUGGGUCACCUCCACGACGAUCGUCAUGUUCCACGUGGGAGCUCCUGCUGCCAGCGCCCUGACGGCAUGGCUCUCCCAGAGGGUAGUUAUCAUGAUCGGGGGGCUGCUCUGCACCUCUGGGAUGCUGCUGGCAUCUCUGGACCUCAGUCUGCCUUGGCUCUACUUCUCCAUGGGGAUCCUUGAAGGACUAGGCCUUUCAUUCUCGUGGGUCUCAGCCAUGAGCAUGGUGAACCACUACUUUGCACGUUGGCGGCCCAUAGCCUAUGCCAUUACCAGCUCAGGGGAGUGUGUCUUUGCGUUCAUUUUUAGUCCUUUUUUCAAGUGGCUGAUUGAGAUGUACACCUGGAGAGGUGCCUUGCUCAUCAUUGGAGGCCUUCAGCUCAACCUGUGUGUGUGUGGAGCCCUCAUGAGACCUCUGGACACUCAGAGUCCUCUAGAGAGUAAAGAUGGUCUAGAAACUGACGCUGACGUGCUUCAACCAAAGGAGAGGGUGAUCUUCCAGUUCUCCCUGCUGAGAAAACCAGAACUCCUCCUCUAUAUUCUGUUUGCCAUCUUUGCUGCUGUUGGGUUUUAUAUCCCGACACUAUUUUUGGUGCCGUUUGCUAACAGUUUGGGGAUUGACAAGUACUGGCCGGCGUUGAUCCUCUCUGUCCUGGCAGUAGCUGACCUGGCAGGGCGGUUGUUCUCAGGGUGGUUAGCAAACAUGAGGUUUUUCAGAAACCUGCAGCAGCUCACCUUUGUGGCCACUCUGCUCGGGGUGGUGUUGCUUCUUCUACCGAUUAGCCACAAGUACUGGGCCAUUCUGACCCUGGCGUCCCUCUACGGCUUCCUGUUCGGCUGUGUUGUGGCCAUCCACGUCACAUGCAUAGUGGAUAUUGUGACGCUGGAGGGCUUCGACAGUGGACUGGGGCUCUUCAUGAUGUUCAGGAGCAUUGGAGGAUUCAUCGGUCCACCUGCUGGAGGCUGGCUGGUGGAUCACACAGACGACUUUAGCUCCGCCUUCUACCUCGCCGGCUGCUGCCUCAUCUCAUCAGCAGUGUUCGUCCUCUUGGUCGACCGACUGGUUCAAAGGAGGAAAGUUGUUGAAGACGAAGUCAACAAGGCUGGAAACAAACCAGAGGAGCCAGAAACGGCUAAAGUUUGAUGAGAGACAUCAAUCCAGAAUGUGACCUUAGUUCUGCCAACCAGCCUUGAUGAGCAGCUGGGAUCAUUUCUACAAACUUUUAAAGUUCACUAUUUUCUGUUAAAAAAUCAGUUUUCUAUAAAAACCUAAACAACAAAAAGCUUACAAUAAAAAAACUAAAGAAAGUUGAUCAUUUUUAUUCUAAUAAAACUGCCAAACUACUUGAAUUUUUCUCAAUCUGUAAUUUCCCCAAAUAAUUAUUUUUAUUUCAGCAAAUAAGCUAGAAAGAAUUUAAGUCCAUUAAUCAUUUGCAUUUUUAAUUCUCGUAAAAAAGUUACAAACAUUCUGAAAUUCUCAGGAAGUCGUUUAGAUUUAGCCAAAAACUCCCCCAACCAUGACACUACCGCCAAUUAUGUUCACAGUUUUUUUUUUUAUUUUUCACUCAUCUCCUAUUUACACCAUAAAGUUCAAACUGAUCAACUCUUAUGGGAUCAUUCUUUAAAAACAAAACAAAAAGAACAAUAAGUUUGUUAUUUUCUAGAUUUUUUUUGUCAAAUAAGUUACUUUUUUAUGUAUUUUAUGCAUUAAUUAUACAGUUUGCUGAUCCAGUUUCUUUUUUUUUUUGGCUAAUAUCCUGAUGAAAUGUUAAAGCAAACAUUUCCUCUUGUUUCGUUUUUUCUUCUAUUGUCAUUGGUAACGUUUUACUGAUUUAUUACAAGCGUGUGUGUUGUUGAGGCAGGCCCAACUCCACCUUGAAGCUGCAGCAAGGCGAGCUCCCGAGCAGAUGUGCUUUGAAACAGUCCCUGAGAACAAGUGGAAACAGGAACCUCAUCGGGUUCUUCUGACACUUUUAUCCAAACGUCUGCAGUCGUGCCUCUAGAAACGCCUCAUCGCUCGCUUGUGUUGUUCUAGGAACUCCAGAAAAGUUCUGACAUGUGCAGACCGGCGUCACAUGUUACCAUCAUACAUGGAGGGAGAAAAAGCGAAGACACGUCAAAUGGGAUUGGCUUAAAGCUGCUGCACGUGUAAAAGAUCGGGGCUGACAGGAGUUUAUUGAAAAAAAAUCCUAAACAGCUUUUAAAAGAAAACAAAAAUAACUCUAUAUCCCUAAAACAGGAAAAAUCACCCAAAUUUUUCUAAAAAAUAAUAAAAAUGUAUAAAUGACUGUUAGAAGCUGCAGACGAAAUGCAAUUAAUUACACAUUUACGCUUUUUAGAACUCAAAAAAUAGUAGAUGUGCUUUGGAAACUUUUUUCUCUUUACUGUUUUUAUGUUUUAAUUCAGCUCAGCAGAAGACGGGACUUUUUUUUUACACGUGUCGAUAACGCUCAAAAAUUACAAUUAAAAGUAGGAGUGUGUAUUAACAAGAGUAUGCGAUACAUAUCACGAUAUAUCCCAAGAGAGUAUGAGAAACAAUAUUUCACUUUUUUUUUAAAUACUAUGAUGUAGAAAAGGCUUUACUUGAAUAUUAAUACACAUUUUGAGUUAAGAAAUGACAAAACAGGAAAGUUAGGCAACUGUAUCUCUUAAAUAA